AGAGAGAGCAUGAGUGGGAGAGAGAGCGUUUGGAAGAGAGAGAGAGAGGGGGAGUUUGGGGCAUACGCUGUUCCGCAGUCGUGCUAAGGUAGAGCCGCAUGAGUCUCAGAGGAAUACUGCUGACCCUGUUGAGCGUCUCUGAGGGAAGUCGUCACCCUGCAUGGACUAGCAGAGGGACCGGACUCUGAUCCAACCAGGGCCUACAAAGUCAACAGGCCUAAAACCAGAACCCCAGAUCCGGAUCCGGACCAUGAACCCCAGCGGCUCAGUCUCUCAGGGCCGUGUGGAGCUGGGCAGGCUCCUCAGCGUGGCCCCUCUCCUGCUCCUGCUCCUGCUGGGGGCCCCUCCGGGCUCCCGGGGCCAGAACGACACGGAGCCCAUCGUCCUGGAGGGGAAGUGCCUGGUGGUGUGCGACUCCACCCCCUCCUCCGAGCCGUCGGGCAACGCCCUGGGCAUGUCGGUCCGCUCCGGCACGGGGCGGGUGGCCUUCUCGGCCACGCGGCAGACCAACCACGAGCCCACAGACAUGAGCAACCGCACCAUGAUCAUCUACUUUGAUCACAUCCUGGUGAACGUUGGGAACCACUUUGAGCAGGACAGCAGUGUGUUCCUGGCCCCACGGAGGGGAGUGUACAGCUUCAACUUCCACGUGGUGAAGGCCUACAACCGACAGACCAUCCAGGUGAGCCUGAUGCUGAACGGCUGGCCCAUGGUUUCGGCCUUCGCUGGGGACCAGGACGUGACGCGGGAGGCGGCCACCAACGCCGGCCUGGUCAUCAUGGAGCGGGGGGACAAGGCCUAUCUCAAGCUGGAGAAGGGCAACCUGAUGGGAGGCUGGAAGUACUCCACCUUCUCCGGCUUCCUGGUCUUCCCCUUGUGAUCGGGACCCCGGCUAGGCAGUGGGUCGACGGGACAGGCAUGGAUGGACGGAUGUGUUGGGUGAGGGUGGGGAGGAGGGUGGCUGUCGACGGCCCGUUGGGGAUGUGGUUGGUAGGGGUGGUGGGAUGUUGGGGAUGUGGUGGGUGGAGGGGAUGUGUUGCUCUUUGGGCAGGUUGGUAUAGCAGGGGUGUAACAGGUUGGAGGUGGUUGGAGCCCAGGUGGUUGGGUGGAGGCUUGUUGGCAGGUUUGGGUUUGAUAGGGCGGUUGGGGUUGUUUGAGGGUCAAUGGGUCAGGAUGGUGCAGUCUGGGGCUGUUGGCAGAAUGGGCGGGGUUGAGGGAGGUGGGCGGGUUUGGGGAU